CCCUCGCAGUCGGCAGUGCACUGCGGACGCGACCACCGCCAACGAUGCGGCCUCCAAACUUACUCAAGUUUUACCUCUUCCUAACUCUCCUCUACCUAUCUUUCGCUGAAAAAUGCCCUCCGAAGUGUCAAUGCGUACACAACACGGUCCGGUGCCUCCACCAAGACCUGCAGGCGAUACCGAAGACUCCCGAUGAAGCCCACACUUUGGACGUGCGUUUCAAUCGUAUCUAUGACAUCGCACCAGGCAUUUUCAGCCAUCUACACCGGCUGCGAUCUUUGCUCCUCAACGACAACCAGUUGAGGGCAAUACGUUCCGGUGCUUUCCAUGGCCUACGACGACUCAAAUAUCUCUACCUUUACCGAAACCACAUACAACACAUUGACUCCGAUGUAUUUCACGGAAUGGUGCACUUGGAACAACUGUACUUGCACGUUAACGAAAUACAUCAAAUUGAACCGGAGACAUUUUCCAACAUGCCACGACUUGAACGAUUAUACUUACACAACAAUAACCUGAAGACCAUUCCACCGGGAUCAUUCAGAGGGAUGCCGAAGCUGCAAAAACUUCGGUUGGAUAGUAAUGCAUUAAUUUGCGAUUGUGGUAUGCUAUGGUUUGUCCGGAUGCUCGCUGAGCAUAGUGAAAUGAGCAUCGCUGCUACUUGCUACGAACCAGCCGGAGCUACUGGAACAUCCUUAGCUGCAAUGAAAGAGAAAGAUUUCCAGUGCCGUCACCCUGAAAUCGCCUCCGAUCCCGAAGAUGUUAUAGUAAAUUUUGGAGAAGAUGCAAUGUUCUCUUGUAAUGCAACUGGAGAACCGUCACCUGAAAUUAUAUGGUAUCGAGAUUCCACAGUGAUACCUAUCGAUAAUUCACGCUAUGAACUAAUGGAUAACGGCACCCUGAUGGUUCAUAACGCAGACGCGAAUGACGUUGCAGUAUUUGAAUGUAAAGCCAAAAACCCAGCUGGUGAGGUACAGUCCAAACCAGCCAGGAUGAUGGUGCAAAUCAAACCAGACAACCAAGGAUACCCAGUAUUUACUGUCUUGCCUAGAAAUCAAAUAGUUAAAAUCAAUCAGCCUAUUACACGCUUUGAUUGUGUGGCACAUGGAAAUCCUAAGCCACAUAUUUCUUGGUAUUUCAAUGACCAACGGAUAUUACUAAGCGAAAGACUUUCAAUGCGUCAUAAUGGUUCCAUAAUUAUUGAAAAAGUACAACAUGAAGAUUCAGGAGUGUACACAUGUCAAGCUGAAAAUAUAAACGGGAAAAUAACAGCAGCUGCUACUCUUGAAGUUAUGGUUGCCCCAGCAUUUAUCACAGUUCCGAAAGAUCAAACUGUAACCAUUGGUGAUACGGCGCAGUUUAUGUGCACGGCUAGAGGAGUACCUAAGCCCGUAAUUACGUGGUACAGGAAUACUAUGGUAUUGCCACCGAAUGAAAAUAUUGUACUACGAAAUGAUAACCAAAACUUAACGAUUAUUGAGACAACUGACGACGACGAUGGCUUAUAUCACUGUAGAGCUGAAAAUUCUGAAGGUCUUACGGAAAUAUCUGCUGUACUUAAAGUGCAAAAUUUUCAAAUUAUUGCACCCAAAAUUCUAUUAAGACCUGAAGAUACCGAUGCAUUUAAAGAAACCUCAGUACAAAUGCCGUGUGAGUAUGAAAGUGAGCCGCCAGCAACGGUAGAAUGGAGAAAAAAUGGAAAUCGAAUUUUUUCAACUGAUCGAAUUACAAUCUCACUUAUUGGAAGUUUGAUUAUUAAUAAUGUCAGCCUUAGUGAUGCGGGUAGUUAUGAAUGUUCAGUUUAUAAUGAGUACGGCCGUGAUACUGCGUCAAUAUUUUUGAGUGUGAAGGAUCAUAUACUACCUGGUGAUGAAUAUGUAAAUAUUGCUCUAACUGAAGCCACGCGAGACGUUGAUCAGGCUAUCGCAAAAACCAUGAAACAACUAUUCAGCAAUCAAAGUUCAAAUUCCAACUUACAUGAUCUAUAUAGAAUAACAAGAUUUCCCAAUGCACCGGCGAGAGAAGUAGCGCGAGCAGCAGAAAUCUAUGAGAGAACUUUGGAUAAAGUUAGGGAAUUUAUACAGUCUGGUUCAACAGUUACUUCCGUGCAACCAUUUAAUUAUGAAAAUGUUUUAUCCGCUCAACAUUUAGAAGUCAUCGCUCGUUUAUCUGGUUGUGUCGCACAUAGAGAAGCUAAAGAUUGUUCGGAUAUGUGCUUUCACCUGAAGUAUCGUAGUUUCGAUGGAAGCUGUAAUAACUUUGCUUUUCCUUCUUGGGGCAGUUCUCUUAGUGGUUUUCGAAGAAUUCUUUUUCCCAUCUAUGAAAAUGGAUUCAGCCAGCCAACUGGCUGGAACAAGGAAAUAAAAUACAAUGGAUAUACUUUACCAAGUGCGCGGCUGGUAUCUACUACAAUAAUAAGUACAACAGAGAUAUCAGAAGAUAUUGCAAUUACCCACAUGACUAUGCAGUGGGGACAGUGGCUUGAUCACGAUUUAGAUCAUGCUCUGCCUUCUGUAAGUUCACAAACGUGGGAUGGCGUUGAUUGUAAAAAAACUUGUGAUUAUGCAGCUCCGUGUUUUCCGAUAGAUGUACCUGAAAGUGAUCCCCGAAUAACCAACCGUCGAUGCAUUGAUUUUGUUAGGACAAGCUCAGUUUGCGGCUCGGGCAUGACCUCAGUACUUUUUGGCAAACUGCAACCUAGGGAACAAAUCAAUCAAUUAACAUCCUACAUAGACGCUUCUCAAGUUUAUGGAUUCGAAAAAUCCGUUGCGGAAGACCUUCGUGACCUAACGAACGAAAAUGGUACUCUUCGUGUUGGAGCCAAAUUCCCUGGGAAAAAGCCAUUAUUGCCUACUACGGGUUUGAAUGGCAUGGAUUGUAGACGUAAUUUAGAGGAGAGUAACCGAAAUUGUUUUGUGGCUGGUGACAUCAGAGCCAAUGAGCAAAUUGGUUUGGCUGCAAUGCAUACUAUCUGGAUGAGAGAACACAAUCGAAUUGCUACUGCAUUGAAGGGCUUUAACCCUUUCUGGGACGGAGACAAAGUGUAUCAAGAAGCAAGAAAAAUUGUUGGAGCUCAAAUGCAAGUAAUAACGUAUGUACACUGGUUGCCUCUUAUACUGGGUCCCGAAGGAUAUGGACAACUUGGUGAAUACCAUGAAUAUAAUCCAAAUCUUAAUCCAUCUAUCUCCAACGUCUUUGCAACAGCGGCUUUGCGAUUCGGUCACUCAAUUAUAAAUCCAAUUCUGCAUCGCUACGAUGAAAACUUUGAACCCAUACCUCAAGGGCAUUUACUAUUACGCAAUGCAUUUUUCUCACCUUGGAGAUUAGUUGACGAAGGUGGAGUAGAUCCUUUACUGAGGGGCAUGUUUACUACACCUGCAAAACUUAAAACUUCGACGCAAAAUCUUAAUACGGAGUUGACAGAAAAACUAUUCCAUACUGCCCACGCCGUUGCUCUUGACUUAGCUGCUAUUAAUAUACAAAGAGGAAGAGAUCAUGCCAUUCCUUCAUACACUAAAUGGCGCCAAGUUUGCAACAUGACAGAAGUUAAUGACUUUGAUGACUUAGCAGGUGAAAUUUCCGACAAAACUGUGCGAGAUAAACUCAAAGAACUUUAUGGAUCAGUCGAUAACAUUGAUGUUUGGGUAGGAGGCAUCUUAGAAGACCAAGUUGAAGGUGGCAAAGUUGGUCCUCUAUUCCGUUGUCUCUUAAUUGAACAGUUUAAGCGCUUACGAGAUGGAGAUCGUUUCUGGUACGAAAACCCCUCUACAUUCAAACACGAGCAACUAAGACAAAUCAAAAAGGCAAAUUUGGCAAGAAUAUUGUGUGACAACGGUGAUAACAUUGACACAAUAGGUGAGAAUGUAUUCUUACUACCAGAAGUUCAAGAUGGUUUAAUUUCUUGUGAAGAUCUGCCAUCGAUCGAUCUUCGGUUCUGGACCGACUGUGAAUCUUGCGGUGACGAUAAUGUUGGUACAGACACGAAUAGAGUUCGAAGAGAAAUUGUACCCGAUGUUGACUAUUACAGCCAACUUACUGAAAACGAUCAUCGUAUUAAUACAUUGGAAGAUUCUCAGAAUGAUAUGAAGCAAACAAUUGAUGAAUUAAAAAGACGAAUUCGGCAGUUGGAAGAAACUUGUCCGAAUAAUGAUAUAGAAUAAAAAGGAAACUGAAUAAUUUAAACGACUCAGGCUACGAAUCUAUUUAAUCACUUCUCCCGGUAACAAGGCAACAAUUAUUAAUAUUUAGCUCCUUCAUAUUCUUAUUGAUGUAUUUGAUGUUUAAAAAAAAUAAAAAAUACAAAAAAAGAUAAAAUAAAACAAAAAGUAAAAAAAAAUGUUGAUGUAAGUAAAAUAACAAAAAAAUACAAAAAAAUAUGUGUACACUAAUAUUUAAAAAAAAAACAUGUAUUCGUACAUAAAAAAAAUAUCAAAAUCCCUAUAUUUGUGUAAGUAGUAUUCU